AUGCCGAAGGGUCAAUUGAUAGUUAUAUCAAGUGGAACCACAACAACUAUCCAUGUACCAUUCUUAAUGUGGAUGAAAGCUGUCUCGAUUCUCCCGUUCGAUCUGGAUUUGGCGGGUCUCUUGCUGGCCAAAGACAUGAAUAUCGAUGAACUUGUCUGCUACUCUGACUCUUUACACAGUGUCAACCUCAUCAAAGGUCUUCAUGUCAAGUAUCAUAUUCAUGCUGUAUUGAUCCAAGAUAUAAAAGAGCUUCUCUCACAACCCAAUGUUUCUCUCUAUCACACGCUUAGAGAAGAUAAUCAAUGUGCAGAUUUCUUCGCUAAACUUAGAGCCUCCUCAGAUGCCGACUACUUGAUCCAUGCUUCUCCCCCAGAUGGUGUUCGUGAUCUUCUUAGAAACGACGCAAUGGGAACUUUUUUUCUUCGUGAUUAG